UCGCGACGUACAGGAAAAGGGAGGGGUCUGUCAAAACAGGAAGUCGGCGACGCCAAAGUAUUUGUGUCAACAAAAAGUCAAAAUUGGAUUCUAAACUUACAAAAUGGGUACAACGGCGAGUCAGUUAGGGAAGGACCUACUUUCAGAGUAUCAAGAGUUGACCUUUUUAACCAAACAAGAAAUUCUCCUAGCUCACAAGAGAUUCAGUGAACUGCUCACUAAGGAAGAAAAAGCCUUGACAAAUCCCAGAGUACCAAUGGAGAGGAUACUUACCCUGCCAGAGCUCAAGUCCAACCCUUUCAGAAAAAGAAUUUGCUAUGUAUUCUCCACAUCUGAACCAAAAGAUGGAAGUCUCACAUUUGAGGACUUUCUGGAUCUUUUGAGUGCCUUCAGUGACUCUGCUACUCUGGAAAUCAAAUCUCACUAUGCAUUCCGGAUAUUUGACUUCGACGAUGAUGGAACCCUAGACUGUGGGGAUUUGGAGAAGGUGGUUAACUGCCUGACUGGUGACACAGAUGAAACAAGACUAACCCCUGAGGAAAUGAGACAGCUAAUUACCAAUAUUCUUGAUGAGUCAGACAUUGAUAAGGAUGGAACAGUGAACCUGUCAGAGUUUCAGCACGUCAUUUCAAGAUCGCCAGACUUUGCCAGUUCCUUCAAGAUUGUGCUCUGAGGACAUACAGUGGAUGAUGGAAAUUAUUUAUUUUUAAUUCUUUCCUAAUGGCAGAUGAUUUAACUGGAAAACAUCAAAUAUUUGACUUAAAUUUUAUGUACUUCUGGAUUUUACUACCUGAACCAUUAUGUAUCGUUUAUGAAAUAUAAACCCAGUGUGAUUCUUAUUUUUCUUUUAUGUGCAAAAUUUCUUUUAAAAAUUAUUUAAUGCCUUUUUUGUACUGGAAAUUACACAAA